AUGGGGGCUCCAGACCUCCCGGCCCCCCGGCCCCUGGCCCCGCCCCAGGGGGUCCCGGCCCCCCCCCCCCACCCGUUGGCCCGGACCAGAGGGUCCCUGCCCCCCGGCAACUGGGGGCUCCCGGGCCUCCCGGCCCCCGCCCCUGGCCAGCCCCGGGGUCCCUGUCCCCUGGCCCCUCGACUCCCUGGCCAGCAACCAGAGGGUCCCAGACCCCCUGGCCCCCUGACCUCCCGGCCAGCAAGUCCAAACAUUUGGGCCGGAUCCGGCUGCUCAAACCGGACCCUGGAUGGCCCCCGACUCAGAAGUGGCCCCAGAAAGGUGGGGUUGGGUUUCGGGCGAGCGCUGGGACUGGGGUGGGCUCCUGGUGGGGCUGGGCCCUGGGCUCUGGCUGACACAGAAGUACCUGGUCCUUGGCCUCAGCACGCAGCUGAGCCCCAGUCAGAGGGCAGUCCAGGAGCCCGCCUUGCUGCACCCCUGCCCCAGCCAGUGGCUGAAGCAGCUGGGUUUUGGACCGUUCCGGCCCCAAUCGUCAAAGCCAUCGUCCCCUGGCCUGGACCCGUGAGCGAGAUGGCCUCUGAAGCCAUCGUCCCCUGGGCCGGCCCAGCUCCCGCUAUGGUACAGGGACUAGAUCUGAGGAACUUGCCAGGAACUGCCAGCGGUGACCGCCUUCCGCCUUCCCUGGCUCUGUUCUCCGGCUCCCUCACCUACCCGGGCCCAUUCCUCUCCCCAGUGUUGCCCCCUUCGUCCCAGUCAGUGCCCCCAGCCCCUGCUCACUCACAGCCUCCUCUCUUUUCCGGAGCUCUACAGGCAUUGGCCUGGGGAACCUCGGGCCCAUCGGUGCCCAAAUCCCAGCCCGAUGGCGACUCCUCAGGGGCCGGCCCUUCCAGCACUGAGGGCCGACUGGCCCCUUCGUCCUUUCCAACCUCCUCUGCUCCCUCCCCCUUUCCCUCCUCGGCCCGUCUCUCCUCUCCGGCGGAACCCUCUAGGUCCAGGAGCCCUGUGCCCGACCACCAUCGGAUGCAGCAGGAGCAACCCCUCAGGGUCACCUUGGACCAGUGUCGCUUGGGCCUGGGCUGGAGGAGCAGUUUCCAAGCCUAUUGGCUCUUCCAGACGGCCUUGUCCUCUGAGCAGGAGCUAGACGAGUGCGGCAUGCGUCCGGGCUUCGCGGCUCGGUGCCCCACCUGCUGGGAGGCCGAGGAAGGCGAGUUCCCCUGGGUGGUCUCCUUGCAGUUCUCCCUGUCCCACUUCUGUUCGGGCUCCAUCCUGAAUGAAUGGUGGGUCCUGACCACCGCCAGCUGCGCCAACUUCAUACGGAAUUCAGAAACCCUGGCCCAGGUCCAGGCCGGCGUCACCGACUUGGAAGACCAAGUUCGGGCCCAGCUCGUGGGCAUCCACCGGGUCUUGCCGUACUUUGGGCUCGAAGGGCCCACGGGCUUGGGCCUGAUCCUGCUCAAGGAGCCCUUGCGCUUCCAGCCCCGAGCUGGCCGUUGCCUCGGGGGCCCUCAAGGGGCCCCAACACCUCGGCGGAACCCUCACGCUGGGUCCCGGCUGGACCCUAUCAAAGGGUGCUGUGGAAACUGA